AUGACGGGUCUCGCCCGCCGCUCCUUCCGAAAGCAAGUGGGGGACUACUACCUUGGACGCACGAUUGGAGAGGGUGCCUAUGCGAAGGUCAAGUACGGAGAAAAUGUCAAGACGGGAGAGAGGGUGGCGAUCAAGAUUUUGAACAAGAAGGACCUCAUUGAGGAUGAGAUGGUGGAGCAAAUAAAGAAGGAGAUCGCCAUAACGAAGGCACUGAAGCACCCGAAUGUCGUCGACCUAAUCGAGGUCAUGGCCUCCAAGGACAAAAUAUACAUGGUGAUGGAGCUCCUGACUGGUGGAGAGCUGUUUGAUCAGAUAGCAGCAGAAGGCCCAAUGACUGAAUGCAAGGCUCGAAAAGUGUUCCAACAGUUAUUGGAUGCGCUGGACUAUUGCCACCAGGAGGGAGUGUUCCAUCGAGACCUAAAGCCAGAGAAUGUGCUUCUAUCGGGGAAUGGCAGUGUAAAGUUGUCCGAUUUUGGACUGGGGGCGGCAACCAUGACGCAGUCCAUGUCUCCAGAUGGAUUCCUGAGGACAACGUGCGGAACCCCAAACUACGUAGCCCCGGAGGUCCUCAAGAGACGUGGCUACCAUGGGGCGCCAGCAGACAUCUGGUCUUUAGGUGUCGUUCUGUAUGUGGUGGUGGUGGGGCAGCUCCCAUUCGAUGACAGGAGUCUUCCAAGAUUGUUCCAAAAGAUCGCAGCUGCUGACUUUGACAUGCCAUCACACCUGUCGCCUGAGUUGAAAGACUUGUUGAAGAGGCUAAUGUUCCCUGAUCCCCAGAAAAGGAUCGCGAUUCAUGAGAUCCGGUCCCACGAUUGGGUGGACAGAGAUUACACACCAGUGGUGCCCCCAGAGCUGAUGUCAUCGCCCAAGGCCGCAGAUGCUGAAGACAUCUUCCAGGAGAAUGUGGAAUUAAAGCGGGUAGUUGUUGGCGAGAACAGCACAGACGAGCCCUGCUCACAGGGGACAACUCUGCACCGUAGCAACAGCCAGUACACUGCCUUUCAUUUGAUUGGCACUGCGCUGGAUCUGUCAACGUUGUUCGAAAAUCGCAGAGAGGUCAUCCAGAGGAACACGCGUUUCACGUGCUAUGGAGAACCCGCCGACGUCCUGAAUCGCAUCAGCAGCUCCGUAUGCGAAGUUGGCGGCCGUGUCGAGCCAAGGAACGGCGACCGUAUCAAGAUUUAUUUCGCCAUCAGCGCCCAGCGCACGAUCGCUGCGAGCGCCGAGGUGUUCGAUCUGCUGCCGGGCAUCCAAGUCGUGGAGAUACAGCGGAACAGGGGGGACCGCCGGGACUUUCGCGAGUUCUACACCAUCAUCACAACUGCCCUGCAAGACCUCAUGACUUCGAGGGAUGAUGAUGAUGCAGGGUCUCGUUCCGCACCAUCUUGCGUCAGUCCCCAAGCUGUGUGA